UAGUGAAAUGGCACACACGCGAGUCGUAAAAUAUAAAACUGCGUGCACAUUCACAGACAUUCACAGACAUGCACAGUUUUUUUUUGUUUGUUUUUUGUUUGUUUUGUUUUUUUAAUUUAAACUCUGUCGAUUUCUGACACACUCCUCGGAGCUUCGAGUUAAGCGUGGCACUUAAAUGUUAAAAAACAAAGACGUGCAGAUGGUUUGGAAGUAGCAUUGGUCUUGGGUCAGUUUGUAUUGGGUGAUUUUGGUACGCAGAUCUGGCAACCUUGCGUUCCAGGAAGUCAAGUAAAAGUUUUGAAGAGGCAUGUGUGUUGACUGCUGAACUUAACGUCGCCCUGAUAAAUAUCGUUUUAAAUCGAAAAUUAAAAUACAUUUUAUUACAUUUCGUAUUAUUUAUUUGGUGUAUGCUACUGUACUAGAGAAGAUGAUGGAAGAGUUUAGACUACCAGAAGAAGUGUGGGUCCACGUGUUUCAGUUUCUUUCCACUUAUGACAAAUUAAGCGUUCGCUCUAGCUGUAGAUUUUUUAUGAGACUGAUUGAUCGCCCUGUUUUGUGGAAGAACACCACACUGUACAUUGAAAAAAUCAACUCAUUCACGUCUCAUUCCUGGAGAACUCUCAGCAACAGGAAGAUAGCAUCGGUUGUAGUGCUUAAGACAAAUGGAAAAGAGUGGAAACAGCUUGCGUUGCGGCUUCCAUGGAUUCAUUCGAUCACUGUGGAUGUGUGCUGUGCCAGUGUCCUUAAUUCACUUAGUGAGUUUAAAAACCUAACACGACUUGUGCUUCGGCGGUGUAUCUGUCCGAGUUUAACAUCACUAUCAGCACUGCGCGAGCUGUCGCAUCUCAGCCUGUGUGAGGUGGUCUGUGCUCCAACGUCGGACAUUAUUAAUGCGCUUUCCCAGCUCACUACUCUGACUUCACUUCACUACCAUGCUUGCAGCAAACCCAUACCUACAGCAGCAUUUCAUAAUCUGUUACAACGCCUGCCAAAAUUAAAACAACUCUCUUUGAAAAUGGGACCAAAUCAUGGCCCUGUCUCCAAGGAUGCCCUCUUCCUUCCACAAGGAAACCACAUGCCCGAAGGUUCACAGUGCAGAGUGCCAGCAUUGAUCAGCUUGGAAUUGUUGAACUACAUGGACCCCAUUCUCUCUCCUGUGGCUCUGCAGGGUCUUCCUUCGCUCAAAUUCCUGACAGUACAGUAUAGAGACUGGUCUCCGAAAUCAAAGCUGUGCCAUCUUAAGACAUGGCUGUCAACAAUGCCCCUCCUCUCAAAGCUAAAUAUUUCAUUGGGACCACCACUUGGUGUCUAUGCUAACUCAGUGCCUGCAACAGUGCAACACUUGUCCCUCAAAGGAGUGAUGGCAGAGUUUAAAGCUUUGAGGGACUUAGCACAUCGAGUGCCAGAUCUCCUGCACCUGCACUUGGACCUAUGUUUCCAUAAAAGACAAAGAGUCAUUGCUGAGGUUCCUUGGCUUUUCCCCAAGCUACAGAGCCUGGCAAUAAGACACUAUAAAGUUCCUGUGGAAGAGUUGCUGGGACUUGCACAGUUGUCCCAUCUUAAACAUUUAGUGAUUCUUGAUCCUACCACAGGACCAAAUUCAGCUCUAAUGGAUCUGACUCAAAAAAUGCACAUCCAGACUAACUACAGAGUUAUUAUUCAUUUGUCAGGACCAAAACACCCAAAUGCUUGUCUUUGUGCAAAUUACUGAUAUUCAGCCCAUACUUCAUGUCUGUACACAGAACUUGACUUACAAAUUGAUGUUCAACUGUUUGAUAAAGCUAUGCACCCCCAACAUGUUCCUCUCUGCCAUGGUGGUAGACCUCCACUGGGUGCCACUGUAGUCAUACAAAAAAUGUGUCACUGGAAUACGACAUCGCAGUAUUUUCUAUUAAUUCAAGUUGUACAAGACCUUUUUAUAAUUUGCCAAUGGGGUUUAUAAAAAGCAGUGGGGUAGUAUUCACAAGAGGAUACAGGUUUAUAAUUUUAUUGUUAUAAUUUGUGCUAUAAUCAUUGCUUAGAAUGAAUUUCCUCUGUAUGCAUGAGCUGAAAGGAUCAGUGUAACAUUUUGGCUUGUCUGUGGCACAAGUAAUAAGACAGUAUUCCUUUAAAUAUUGAGGCUGAUAUCACAGUGGCCCCUAUGAGGCGGUGAUACUGCAGCACGAAAUUCUGAGACUAAGAGCUGGUGAUGAUGGGCUGACAUGCUGUGAGUGAAAAUUAACAGAAUGUUCUUGACUAAAAAUGCCUCUAGAUGGCAUUUAUAAUAAUGACUCCUCAUAUGUAUAGUAAUGACACCCUUCAGGCCUUUCUAUUGCUCUCCAUAAGUCCUCACUUAUUUGGUAUGUCUAACAACAUAUAACAGU